AUGCCACCCACCAACUCCCCACCUGCUCGCGAUGAGUGGAUGGAGGCCGUGCUCAUUGUCCACCCCAAUGUGAAGCAAGCACUGUAUCAUAUUGCAAAAAUCAUGGACAUGAAAGAGGAUAUCAUUUCCAUGGUGGCUGAAUUCGACCAGUUCGAAGUCAAAAACUCCUCCUGCAUGACGCCUGAACUGAGAACACAAUGGAAUCCAAAAGCCUGGACUAGGGACAUCCGCAAGCUAUGGGCGAAACUCGAAUGCCAUGUCGCAUCUAAGAAGAAAAAGAUACGAGACUGCCAUCCUGCAUUCCGCUCCCUCCUGCAGACUCGCUUCGACAAGCCCAUGGAAGAUUUUGAGCAACUUACAGAAUGUAUCGACGAUAGUUGUGAUAUGGUUGGUUCGAUAUGCGAGUGCGACGACUGCAAAUUUUAG